AUUGCACCUUUGAUAAAGAGGCAGAGCUCACCCCGCUGGAGUCGGCCAUCGGUAUCCUGGAGCUCAUUGAGAAGGAAUUCUCUGUGGCUGAGAAGACAAUGGAAACUGUUCAGAAGAUGGUGAAGGAAGCUGCCGUUAUUGUCUGCAUCAAAAACAGAGAGUUCGAAAAAGCUUCCAGAAUUGUCAAGAGGCACAUGGGGAAGGAGCCCAGAAGCCAGAAAAAGAAGAAUGAGUUGCUGGCUGUCAUCCGGGAGAAGAACUCCACUCAUCCAGUGGUCAAAAACUUCUCUUACAAGAACUUCCAGCAGAGCGUGUUUCAGUUCCUGAAGACCUACGUGGACAACUCGGAGCCGCUGCUGGUCACGGUACGUGUCCGCCCUGCUUGCCCGAUAAUGAAAAAGACUUUGAAUUCAGAAUGUGCCGAAGAACCGAGGUGCUCGUCGGUGACUCCCGAGUCUGCAGAUGUGCCCAAGGAGCAGGCAGCGGCUCUGGAGCCCUCGGGCAGGGCAGAGGAGCCAGCAGCAGCUCCAGGGCCUGCAGAGACAGCAGAAGGCCUGGAGGGAGCUCCUGACCCUGCAGGGAAGGCAGGUGCCGCUGCAGCAGCUCCUGAGCCUGUGGAAGGAGCUCCUGACCCAGCAGCAACUCCUGAGCAUCUCACAGCAGCAAUUAAUGACGUGGAAGAUGUUUUGGAGCCCAUGGAAAUAUCUAAAGAACCAGCAGCAGCUCCAGAACUUCCAGGAGUGUCCUUCAGGGAGUCAGAAAGGCAGCCCCCUGGAACGGUAACUGCGUGUGGGAUUUCUGUUCUGAGAGAAGCCUUCAAGAUCCUGUCGGACUCCCAGGAUUCCGAUGCACUCUUCACCAAACUGGACGAAACAGACUUUUCUUUCCCCAAGCAACUGUCUCCUUCUGUAUCCCACAGAACCAAGAGACGGAAGGACGCGGAGAACCAAGACUCUGAGAUCUCAGACCCUCCUGAAAUACCCCAUAAGGGCAAACGCUUGCUGACCAUAAGCAAACUGGUCAUGGAGCAAGACAGCCAGUACAGCGAGGCGAGCGAGAGCCCAGACUCUUCCCAGGAGCCAGUUGUAUCUUCUGCUUCCAGACCUGUUCAGAAAUUGCAUGACCAGCCUGUGUCUACCAAGAGUGCCAAGUCCUUCCAGAGAAGGUGGAACAGUUCGUACGGGAAAGAAGAAAAAGACAGCUGGAGUGAGGAGGAUGAACUCUUCUCGGAUGCGGCAUCGUUGGAGACAAACAGCCACAAUUCCACCGUCUUCGGUUCCAAGAAACAGAAAUGGACAAUACAGGAGAGCGAGUGGAUCAAAGAGGGCGUGAAGAAGUUUGGAGAAGGAAGAUGGAAGGCCAUUUGCCAGAAAUACCCCUUCCAGAACCGCACGGCAGUGAUGAUCAAGGAUCGCUGGCGGACCAUGAAGAAGCUGGGAAUCCUCUGA